AAACCAAACACACACAAGCGGCUCCAGCUGCAGCUGCUCCCCUUUUUCAUUCGUCCGCAGCCUCGAAUAAUCAACUUUUAUUUUUUUUAUUUAUUUUUUUCGACGGCAUUCAUGAAAUAGCGUGAGCUCCGUGUUGCGUGAAGAUGAUUUCUCCGUGGGACCGGUGGUACUCGACGAGCUGCUGCCUGUGCUGCCAUGUCCGCACGGGCACCAUCAUCCUGGGGGUCUGGUACAUGCUCAUCAACUCUGUGGUUCUACUGAUCCUGUUGUCAGCUCUCAAUGAUCCGGUCCAGUACCGGUACCACCUCACCAGCACCGAGCUGGGGACUGACAUGGAUGUCAUGGAUGAUGCAAACAUCUGCAUUGCUACGGCAAUAUCCUUACUCAUGAUUCUCAUAUGUGGCAUGGCAACAUAUGGUGCUUACAAGCAACACGCCGCCUGGAUCAUUCCAUUCUUCUGCUACCAAAUCUUUGAUUUUGCCCUCAACACGCUGGUAGCCAUUAGUGUGGUAGUUUAUCCCAACACGGUGCAGGAUUACCUCCAGCAGCUGCCGGGGACGUUCCCUUACAAAGAGGACAUCAUGUCCACCAAUAACAUGUGCCUAGUCUUUGCGGUCCUCGUCUUUAUUGGCUGCAUUCUGUCCUUCAAGGCCUACAUGAUCGGCUGUGUGUGGAACUGCUACCGAUACGUGAGCCGAGGCAGCACCGAGGUCCUGGUCUACGUCACCACCAACGACACCACGGUUCUCCUGCCACCGUAUGAGGAGGCGGUCGCCAUCCCACCGAAGGAGCCCCCUCCCCAGUACAUGGAGGCAUGAGAGACCCCCCCCCGCUGCUGGAUUAUUCACCUGCCCCCCCACCCACCCCAACAUUAGGACCCCAGCGCUGGCUGCAGUGUGACAAGAGAUCAAGAAAAACAAUGUCCUGCUGGUCUCAGCUUGGAUUCCUACCAUUUCUAGAUUAGAUUAACUGACCUAGAGGCAGUUUUGCCACUAACGCCCCCCCAAAAAAAACAAAAAAACAACCCCAAACCCACAUUGUAGCUACAUGGUUCCUCGUUUGCGCUGUUUUCCUCCAAGGACAGUGUCGCCCCAACAUCCUCCCCCCCUUUGUGGGCAGCUAAUGUUCCCCGGAUUCAUCUGGACUCCUCCGUCUCCUGAACGCUCUGACCCAAAUUAAUGAUCUUUUCUUUCUUUUUUUAAAUGAAAGUGCACCUAUUUGGCCACCAACUGUUAAAGCCCCGAUACUGUGAGUUUUGUCUAGAAAUAAACUACCUAAAGAGGGACGUAGCCCGUGAGAAGGAAAGCAACAAACACUCAGUUAUCUAAGAGCACUUUUUUCAGAAUAUGAGAGAUUUCCUUCAUUGAAUGUAAUGUUGGGGUAUUUUUGUAUGACUUUUUGUAUUCUAGAUAAAAACGGAGAGGAAAAAGUGUGAGAAGUGAAACGUUAUCUUUGGCUUUGCCAAGAUAAACGUGCUGAACAAAAGACUCCUUGACCAGUAAAAAAAACGGUCUUCCUUUUGUAUGUUCCGGUCUGAGUCUCAAACCCAUGGACUGCCAGCGAAGCGUUUGUGCACCCGUCGAUCUCAGUCUCAAUAUUCCAGUUUGCCUUCCUGUGUUUUUCACACUCUAAUAAGUUUAUGUUUUCAUCCAGUGAAGUACUUGUCACAAAACUUAACCGUUAACACAUCCUCACAUUGCAACAUAAACUCAUAAAACCCAAGUGUGUAAACGUGUGAAAAUGUUCCGCUCUGUCGUGUUCCCGUCGAGCUGCAGCGUCCACGGCGUCUUCACUAGGGUUGCCACCCGUCCCUUGAAAUACGGAAUUGUUCCGUAAUUAGGAAUUAAAAGUUGCGUUCCGUAUUGAACCAAUACAGACACAUAUUAUGCUCUUAUUUAUUAAUGUCAUAAUAUACAGGUGAAGUUCGGAAAAUUUGAAUAUAUUGCGAAACUUAAUUCAUAGUAAAUUCAACUUAAGGUGAAACAAAUGUAUUAUUUCCCAAUACAUUCAAAGUGAGAUAUUUCAAGCCUUUAUUUAUAGUUUUGGUGAUUAUGGCUCACAGUUUAUGAUAACCCCAAAUAGAAAAUCUCAAAAAAUUUGAAUAUUUUAUGAAAUCAAUAAACAAUUCAAUCAUCAAAAUUAUAAAAAUAAAGGUUUAACAUAUAUUGCUUUGCAUGUAAUGAGACUAUGUAAUAUAUUAGUUUCACCUUUUCAGUUGAAGUAUUGAAAUAAAUUAACUUUUACACUAUAUACACCAUAUAUUACCAUACUUUUACACAAACAUAGCAUAGGAGGCUAUUUCAGUUGCUAGUAUGGUUGGCUGCCUGUCUGUACAGCCAUGCAAGUUCAAUGCUAUUAAAGCACUUUAAACUUGAAAUCAAAGCAUUUUGUUUUUUUUGCAUAAAAUAUAUAUAUUUCUAUGCAUUUUAGAAGUUUUGGGGAUUUCCCUUUCUUUGGCUCCUGCGCUGCUGAAAUCGGGGCGUCCCUUAUUUCUAUUUCUGAAAGGUGGCAACCCUAGUCUUCACGGGAGUCGUUUCUGUGUUCGCCACCAGGAUCAGGAUGUAUAAUCUGAUCUUUGUGCUGAUUUAGCUGGACUGAGGGCAUUUUCCUGUAAAGACAUGCGGCUGCACGGCUGCGUGCAGCACACGACUUGACCCCUUGGCCCUUUACAUGUACAUUUUGUUUUCCAUGAGCUCCACAUAGCAGCUCAUGUUCAGUGUAUGAAGCUAGUUUAACUGUACACGCCUGUCCUUCGCCUGAGCUGUCGAGGCAAUCAGUGAAGCAAUGUGACGGAUAAUUAUGGGACAAAUAGCUAAAUCCAGUAAUUCUGUCUUAUCGUAGACUAUGCAAGAGCGAGUAGUUUCAUUCCACUUAUUAUAAUGCUGUACUUGAUCACUUAGACAUUUGUCUUCACCGCCAUCCUCCCUGUGUGAAGUACGUUCACUGCUUUUGCAAAUCCAACAAAGCUGAAAUGAAAACGCACUUUAGACUCGCUGAGCCCGCUCAGCGCCAGCGCGUGCGUGUUUCCCUCGUCCUGUCGGGGUUCUGCUGUGAUCUCAGCGGCUCCACUAUGACCGACCGCGCUCAUCUGGACUGUAGCAUGACUGGAAACCAUGAACUAAAUCACUGUUUGAUUUUGUGAAAGUUUGCAGAUUUGACCAAUGUCAUGUGGUGGAAAGAAUUUUGAACCAGUGUCUGGACGGGAUUCACUUCUUUUAUGGUGUCACGCCUGUUGGUUCUGCUGCUGUUGGAUCUGCAUGAGCUCAUUUGUUCAGUUCUAAAUAAUAAAAUGCUAAA